UUAUAUUACUUUUGAAUAUUAAUAAUAAUAAUUAUAUUUAAAACUAAAAUUACUUGCGGAUCAUGUAGGUUACUUGUAAAUUUCAGCGAGACAGGUGGAAAGUCGACUAUUUUCUUUGUGGAUUAUAUAGAUUGGAUUUUUGAAUAAAAAAUAAUCUUAACAUGUGGUGUGAGGGUCAAACAUGGCGGAUUUGACCUGUUUCCCAGCACUAUACAAAAACUACAAAAAAAAAUUUAGUGUUAGAUUGGAGACACUGAAGUCCCUUCCAUCAGAUUUGUGGUAACUGUAGGUAUGGUAUCAAAUGGAAUGUCCAAAUACUCUUUUCUAGACACUGAUGUUUAACCUAAUUAAACUUAUGCUAUGACCAAACUUAAACAGAAUCAUAACCAAUUAAACUGCCCGAAAAUACAAUUAAAAAAUUUUAGUGUUCGAUUGAAGUCACUGAAGUCCCUUAUAUCAGAUUACUGUAGGUAGGAUAUCAAAUGGAAUGUCCAAAUAAUUUUUUCUAGACACUAAUGUUUAACCUAAGUAAACUUAUGCUAUGGCCAAAAUUAAAACAGAAUCAUAACUAAUUAAGCUGCCAAAAAAUCAUAUUACUAAACUAAAAGUAUUAAAUAGGUUGCGGUUCGGGAUUUGGUUUUCUGUUUUUCAGUUCUAGAGAUUUAGAAACCGUUUGGUUAUUUACAAAAUUCAGUACAGCUUUGGUUCAAUUAUUUUGAUUUUCGGUAUGGUUUGAUAGCAAAGUUGAUAAACAGUUAAUAUCCAAAAAUUUGGGUCUAAUUUGGUUUCAGUUCAAUUCCAGUUUUUUCUGAUAACUUCAGAUAAUAUGGGUAUAAACAUCAAAUAAUUUGGGUUUUUCAAAUUAAAUAUAGAGUAAUUCAGCUUGUUCAGAUAAAAAUGUCGGAUAAAAUUCAAAUAAUUUUAAAUAUUUUGGUAAAAGAAUAUUUGGUUAAUUCCAAAAAAUAUGACAUGUCUAGAUAUUUAUGAAAUUCAGAUUGGUUUCGGUUAUAUUGGUUGGUACAAUUCGGUUUUUCGAUUCCAGAUAAAUUGUCCAGACCUAUGUAUGUCUAAGGGGACCUUAUUGGAAUAGGGGUUUGAGAAGGUUUUGAAGAUUUAAGUUUUGGUGGAAUUCAUAGAGGUUUUAAUUGAAUUCAAGGAUUCUGUUGGGGAUUUAGUAGGAUAAUUUGGUAGAAUUUGGUAAGAUCUGUUUUUAAUAUUUCAAUAAUAAAAUUAACCAUUCAAACUAUUUUCCAACACCAAUUUAUUUCUUCUUUCUCGAUGCCCACCUUUGUACACCGAAAGAAGAGUGAACAAGUCUCUAUUAUGUUUGCAGAAUUGAAAGUCUCCAUUAUAUGAUGAAAAUUUAAAAACGUUGUUUCAAUAGUUCGGAGAGUACAAAAAGGUUGAACAUAUUAUGUUGGACGCAUGGGUCAAACUUGGACGCAAGUCUGUCCCAAAACAAAAAAUUGUAUAUAAUACGAAUAGCAUGAUCCUAACCUCUAUGUUUUCAUUCUUUGGCUCUUGCAUCUCCAUCGUCUCUUUUUGGUGAGACUGAAAAACACGCCAUAUGUUCUGGAUCUUCAGCUGAAGUCUAGUCCUGAAACUAAGCCAUUUAAGGAGCAAGUUAAGUUAGCCAUAAGCAGCUUUAGUAGUUCGAACGCUGGGAAUGCAAGCAAAGAUCGAGGAUAACUCCUAUGUAUUCGCAGUUGGCGAUAAGAGGAGAUGAGGACUAAUUAGUUACUUCCUUAUAUAAAGAAUCGGUGAUAUCUAACAAUAUUGCUGAAGCAGAAGCGAGGUUGCUUACUUCAUUAUAUAAAGAAUCGGUGAGUUAUAUAUAGCUAAUUACUUAUACCCUUUGAGGUCUUCGAAGUAUAUAAUCCAGUCCAAAUACUGAUUUCUAAUUUACAGGGACGAAAUGCAGAUUCCAUUGUGUCCUUUCGAACAAGGUACAUGCACAAAGUCUCUUCUUCUAGAUUGGUUAAAGCCAUUAUGUGAUAAAUGCAACUAAUCAUUCCUAUUCUGAUCACUGUUCCUAUCUGCAGUGAUCUUUUCAUGAAAACGUUCAUCGAAUCUCGAGAAGAAAUGAAAAGCAAGCCGAAGUUAACAAGAAGAAUCUGGAGAAAGAAGCAGUUAAGGAUAAGCCAAUGUAAAAGAAAGACCAUGCUGACAACGAAUGAUGUUAACCUCCAGAUCCGUAGACAUUGAAUGUGAUGAAAGGUCGGGUCUUUAACCAAAGACUCCAGGGUUUCAGAUCGGUGAAAGCUUUGUUAUAUUGUUCCCAGUGUUGCACAUACCAAAGAAGAGCAGAGAGAUCUUUCCUAUAUCAUAAACAAAGUUGACUGUUUAUUUCAGUUUUGCAAAGAUGAAGACUCAAGACAGAGGAGAUGAAACUUUUUUAUCUUGAAGAGCUUUCCACUGGAAGUAUAGGAACAAAUGGUAUGUCGAGAGGUUUUGUUCUCUGUUACGGUCAAUUUCAAUCCUUUUGUAUUGUUAUUGUAGCCAUGCUCAGACCAAACAAAAAACUCAAGCUUCGUCUUCCACGCAAGGAUAGAACGAAGAAGAAUAGAGGUUUUCGAAUAAUCCAAACCAUCUCUUCUCGUUGAUUUUCUUUUUUAAAUACCAUCUAUGUAGAUGGUAUUCUUUCUUAUUGAAUUUAAGGGGUAAAUGACGUUUUCUAAUAACCCAAAAGAACUUUUUAUGAAUCCUAUUGAUGAAAUCAUAUUUUCCAAUAAGAGGAGAUUUGAUAGGAUUUCUAUAAAUGCUAUAUCCAAUAACCAUAGAUUUGUAAAGGUUUUUAUAAAUACCAUAUUCAAUAAGGGAGGAUUUGACAAAAUCCUAUUUUUUUAUGAAAUCCCUAAUCCAAUAAGCCCUACUAAAUGUACAUUUUCUUGACCACGUGUGUUCUUUCAGCAACGGGGCAUAGAGGCUCUGUGUUCAGCUCAGAAUCUAGAGAUCUUGGAGCUUGUCCAGUGUCAGGAAAUAAGGGACGAGGGGUUGGUUCUAGUGAGCCAGUUUCCUUCCCUCACUGUGUUGAAACUAUCAAAGUGUUAUAAAAAAAAGAAACUAUCAAAGUGUUAUAAAAAAAGAAACUAUCAAAGUGUUUGGGAGUUACAGACGACGGGGUAAGACCACUUGCUAAGACUCACAAGCUGGAAUUGCUUGCGGUUGAAGGUUGUCCUCAGGUUUCAAUAAGAGGUGUUAAUGGUAUCUUUUAAUUAGUCAAAGAAAAAACGUCUCUAUCUUUUAGGUUAGCUUGUCGUGAAUGUAUUGAGAUCACAUCAUUCGCUUUAUAUCACAUAUACAUGCAUAUACAUAUUACUCUUGUGAAGUGUGAAAUAUUCGCUCUUGGUGGUCAGAAAAUUACUAAUGCAGGUGUACGUAAGCUGUAGGCUUCAUGCAUGAACUAAUUGGCUCUUCCUAUUAGUCUUUAGUAAAAUGACUUAUGGGUAAUCGAUUUAAUUGUGGUCAGAUGGUCAAUUGUACAUAUAUCUAAUCUCAGUUUAGUUCAGAUUUAGGAGUUUAUGUAUCUCUUGAGAAAAGCUAGUCAUCUAUGUAUGUCUCUUUAUGGAUGAUUACUGGGGUUUUAUUGGUUGAUUUUUGGCUGUUUGUAUAGAGCAAAGAUGUGGUAUGUGUUUGACCCCUAAUGGUUGUAUUUUGGUAUUAUAUGCACUCUAAUCUCAUAGUUUCAAAUUGCUUAAAUCAAUAUAAUUCCUUUUGAGGAAAAAAAUGAAAUAAUAAUUAUCAUCAUAAACAUUUUCUCUUUAGAUCUUCAUUCACUACACGAUUGCUUAAUAGCUGAUGGGUUAUCUAAAUAUAGCUUCGUAAUUAAAGGUAAAUAAUAUCCAGUUAUUCUGAAGAUUUUUAAGUUUUUUUAUAGAUUUUAUUCUAUCGUACGCAUUUUUAUUACAACGUCACAGCGCACGUAACUGGUUUGAUCCUUUGUUCAACUGGCCUGACUUCACCUGACAUGUUAAAGAUCUUAUGUCGGUAAUAACAUUCACCAUCUCAGUUCUGAACUGUUCACUUCUACACACCCAAAGAUACUCAUUUUCUAAUAUGAAGAUGCUAGAACAUAGUCUUGCUGUAAUUUGUUCGAUAUUACAGCUGGGAUAUAAAAAUGAAAACAUGAUAGAACAUUAGAGGGUAGCGGAUGUUUAGAUAGUUGUAUUUUUUUGAAAAUUUUGGUAACAUUUGUGAAUGUCUACUAAAACACUGUCUUUUUUGUCUGUGUGUGAAAUCUGCAUUGUCAAACAGAUUUUUAAGAUCUAUACAGUGGCUUGUGUUAAAUUAGACGGAGUUCCAACGUAAAAACAAUUAGUAAUAAGUGAAUUGAUCCAUCUAUUGUAUAUUUUAUUUAGGAUCUCUUUCAACAUCCGAUAUGAAAGAUUUUGUUUUUAAUACGUUUUUUUUUAGAUGAUGGUUCUUUGAAUGCCAAUUUUGGAAUGUUCAGGUAAAGACCGAUGGACCAACAUUAGAUCAUAUAGUGUGUGGACUGGCUAUGAUACUAUGUAAGCUAGAUGAGUUUUCAACGUAAAAUUAAUGGUGAUAAUUGGAUUGGUCAUAACUCUUUCGAUGUAAGAGCAUAUAUUCUCACACUUUCCUUCACGAUCAAGCAUGGAAAAUCGCAGGGAUAAACAUUGAGUAGCUAUGAUAUCAUGUUGAUAUCUCAUGAUGUUAAUAGUUUUUUAACAUAUAUUUAUUAUUCAUAUUAGUGUUUUGAAUUGCAUUUAGGUGUCUACAUUGCAUAUAUUUGUCCAUUUAUGUGCAUUAGGAUCUAAAGUGCACACUUGAGAAGUUUGGGGUGAAUGCGUGAAUAAUCAAGACUUCGAAGACCUGUUUUGCAAAUAAGCAAGAACUCACCAUUGGAGCUCACGAGCUUUCUACUCCAAGCCGAUCCGGAGCUUGACGACACGGCGAACUUCGACCCGACGACGGCUAAGGCUGGGCUGACAAUGACGUGUGGUUUCAGACCGUCACGGAGGAGAGCUCGACAAGGAAAACAAAGACGAGACUGAAGACUCACGCCAAUGGAGGUUUUGGGGAAGAAGACCAUGACCGGAUUGGAAGGUACGACGGCGAAGCUUGAGGCCACGGUGAAGACCGAGCACGGCGGAGGACCAGAACACGGAUGGAGACUUGGAAGGUGGUUCACGGUGGCUUGGAGAUUGAUUGUGGUGGAUUGCGACAAAGAGGAAGACCGCGGGUGGCCAUAGCGGAGUAAGAGAGGCCGCGUUUUCACGGCAGAGACUCGGAAAAUAAACAGAGAACACCGCGGGUUCACGACGCGGCUUGGACAAGGCCGCGGAAAUGAGGUCGGGAGCUUGGAGAUUCGCCGCGGCCAGACGUCGCGGAGGUGAGCAGCCCGCGGUUCAGUCGAGCUAGAGGAGACAAGCCGAGAUUUUUGAUUUAAUUCCGGUUUAGUCCGGUUUAAUCCUGGUUUGUGGGAUUAAACCGGUUCGAGUUUUGCCUUCCUAUAAAUAUAUUUAGACCUAGAAACUUUAUUUUUAUCUCAUUUUCUCUCAAGACUUUGUCUAAACGUGUAAAAGCUUGAAUCUUUUGAUAAUCUAAGGAAGUACUUCAUCUUAUAUUUGUGUUUCUCUUGCUCAUUAACAUGAUCAGCCUUGAUCCUUACAUGAGUUUAAAGUUUCUCAUGGAGAUUAGUGAGUAGUGACCUUGUGAUUCAUGGGUUAGAUAGAUUAGGGUGAUUAAGUGGAUAUUUAGGAUGUUUAUUGCUUGAUUAACAAUGUUCUAUGCUUGCUAAGUGUUCUUAAUGCUAGAUUAGACUUGAUCAUUUUUAUCUAGACCUUAAGCUAUUUUACGCCCGGAAGGUGUUUGUUAAAAUGCUUGAAUGAACUUAGCAUUGUCUUUUACAUAUUUGGCCAACGGCAGUUGAUGUCCGAGAUGUUUAAGUGGUUAGUAGACUUGUGAUUUAUGCAUGCUUGAAUGUGUUAGCCAACGGGAGUUGAUGUUUGAUGCAUGACUAGCAUAUGGAUUAUUACCACGACAGUGGAUUAAUCUAUAUUGAAUGAGAUCUAGACCUAUAGACUUGUUGAUUGUUUUGUUUGAACAUCCUAGAUUGAACCUUGUUCACCUUAUAUCAAUUAUCAUUGCCCAUGAAUCUAUCCUUAGCAUUUGAUUUAAUUCUUGCACUUAUUUCUUGAUUGGAUUUGAGAUCACCUUGUUUAUAUUUCUAGGAUAUUAGCUUGUUACAAAUCAUCCAUCUUCUUUUUUGCUUAGAUUAAGGAAGCUUGCGUAUUCUUGGUGUUAUAGAUCAUUAGUUCCUUGUGGAUUGGAUCCUAAGAUGCUACAAUGACACACCAUUCGAUUGUGGUAUUAUUGGCACAGUAGGUUAAUUGGUGUGUGCUUAAACGCUUAAUCAAUUUGGCGUCGUUUCCGGGGAACUAAGUAGAUUUGUCAUUAAGGUUUCAAACUUUCUUGAGAUUAAGCUUUAUUUUCUCAUGCUUUGUUUUGCUUUUGUAUAGCUACCAACCUUUUAUUCUAACUUUUGCUAUUUUCAGUGAUGGCAGCAAGCCACUUUGCUUGGCCACAAGAAUAGGAAGAUACACUUGAAGAUCAAAUUAAUGAUGAUGAUGAGCCAUAUAUGGAGGAGCCAUUUGAUGAAAGUAUACUCACACCAGAACAUAGUGUAAAGGUGGAUGAGCUUUGCAAAGAGAAUCCAAUGUUGACAAGGGAGGACAUGGCAGUGAUGCUCAGGUUAAAUCUUAUGUCACAUCGGGCAACACUAGAAGGAAGAGAGCUCACCGGUAUUGAGAUAAGAAUGGCUCAAUAGCUCAAAGAGGUAUUUUAUUAGGUUCCACCAACCCAGCUGGAAGGUAUAUGCAAUUCGACUUUAGAACUUCAUUUUGAGGAUAUUUGCUUGCCAUGUGUUGAAGAGAUUGCCUCUGAUUUGAAUUCUCAUGUGCUCAUCAAUGAAUGUCUUGAUCUAAUAUUUGAAAUUAGAAAACUAGAUGACUUGAGAGUGGAAAAGCUUGUUAGAGAUCAUACUGAAGUUUGUUUUGACAAGAACUAUCUUUGUGCUUAAAUUGAUCUUGAAUCUGAGUUUUUGAUGCUUGAUGAACCUAGACCUCUUCUUGAACUAGCUGAUUUAGGGGAUGAACUUAAUGUUGAUAGGCUCUUGUUUGAGAUAGAAAACCCCAUUGUCAAAAACUUUCAUGAGAAUAAGAACAUUAUGUUUUAUUUGAUUAAUGGAGAUAGAGUUGACUACUUUGUUAAAACUUCGUUUGAGCAUGUAGUUGAAUUUGUGUCUCCACCAAAUGCUUUUGAUUCUUAUGAUCAUCUGAACCUCAAUGAGCAUUUCAUAAUUCAUGUCACAUCUUUAGUGAAGCUCUUCGAGGAAAAAUUUGUCUAUUUUCUAUGGACAGUAGUGUGCUCCUUUGCAUACUUGGUUCCUUGUUUUUGUAGGAGAGGGACCAAAGGUGCAUUGGCUCAACCUUUUGAUACUUAUGAUUAGGAAGCACACAAAGUCAAGCUAGAGACUUAAAACAAGCUCACUUGGGAGGAAAUCUCAUGUUAUCCAUUGUAAAUAUUUCUUUAUCUUUCCUUUUUAGGUUAUUUAAUUAGUAUGGUUGAGGGUUUUCAGGUUGAAUCUAGACACCUUCUUUCACUUCUCCGCUUCAGCCCAUGUCUACAAGUGAAAUAAAUCUGAGGCCAAGGGUCCUCUACCACCUAAUUCAGCCAAUAACUCAAAGUAAGUGUCACCCCAACCUUGUAAAUAUUUAGUUUUCAUGUUUAUUUAUUUCUCUUAGAUCUCUUUUUUGAGCUUACUCUCACACAAGGGACAGCGUGAAGAAAGUUUGGGGGAGAAUCUACUAUCUCACAUUAUUUUCUGUUUUGUUUACUUUCCAUGAGUCUCAUGCAUUGCAUUGUGAAUACUUAUUUGCAUAGAAAAUCCAUAAAAUUUUGAUUUUUUUUUAAAAUCUUCAUGUAGUUUCACUUGAUCCAUUUGCAUCUUUAAGAUUGAGUCUAGAAGCAUUUAGAUUGCAUUCAUGUAUAUUGGGAAAAACCUUGUAAGAACACUUGUCUAGAACUCAAUUUGACAUCAUAUCUAAACAUAUUAAGUAGCUUAAGCAUCUUUGGGAAAAAACUUGUAAGGGCAACAUUAUCGCAACGUCCCAGCCGGUCCUUAAGGGCAGGGGAUCCACAAAAACGUUAGGGUCGAGGGGGAAAGUCGUUAUAUAAGCAACGUCCCAGUUCGUCAUUCGUCCUUCGUCCUUUGAUAUCUCUUGCGUCCUAAGCUUCGAACCUUAAAAACUUUUUUCCAAACAUGUUGUUUACUGAGUAAAAUAUCUCUUGAUAUGAUCUAAUAAUAUUGUUAAAAAAAGUGAGAUGCAAUCAAACAAUCGUGUCUGUUGACGCCAGCAUGAGUGAUUAAGACUUAAGAGACCAGCCUUACGUAAUGAAACGGGUGUCAUUUUCAACAAGUCAAAUCUACAAAUCGUAUUGCUUUGCCGUUGAUGGUUUCCUUCUGAUUUACUGGCCUUAUAAAACAUUUACAAGGCCAACUUUUCCUUUAGUUGAUAGUCUCUAUUAUUAGAGUCGGGAAUUAUUAUCAGAGAUCAGGAUAUUAUCCGCUUCAAAAAUAAGAUAUUUAGAAUGUCUCUCAGUAUCCGGAUAAUAAAAUCUCAGAUCCAUUAAACUCGAAUUCAGAUUGGAUCCGAAUAUGUAUUUUUAAAAUAUAUUAAAUAUUUGAUUUUAUUAAUAACUAUAUUUGAUAUAUUAAUAUUUAAAUAUAGAAUUAGUUUUAUAAUAUUAUAUUUUAUAAUAUUAUAUACAUAUAUAAAUAUAUUUAUAAAUCUUGUAUAAAUAAUUAAUUUAUGUAUUAUUUUAAAAAGUCUAGAAUUUUUUUUACGGAUCUAAAUAUCCGCAGUAGUAUAAUAUCUAAAAAGAUAUAUGAAAUCUGGAUAUUAGGAAGACACAAAUCCGAAUAUUAAAUCAACAAAUCCGAUUUUGGAUCCAGAUACCUUAUUUUUUGGAUAUCUGGAUCCGUCCCACCCCUACAGUUUUGAUGCAAAUUGUCAAAAGUAUUAAUUAUUAAUCAACAGUUGUAAUAGGUUUGGGUGUUCAGUUUUCUUUUUAUUGUCUGAGAUAUAGAAACCCUUUGGUUAUUAUGUAUUUUGGUUUGGUUUUGGUUUAAUUUAGAUAACGGUGUUGGAAUCCGUCAAAUAUCUGAUAAAAAAUUUGAAUUUAAAAUUCAAUUUAUAUUUUUAUUUUCUGGAUUAAAUAUUAGAGAUAGAUUUAAAUAUUAUGGAUAAAACUAUUAGAGUAAUUAUGUUCUUUUAGAUAAUUCAGAUUAUUUCAAAUAUAUAAGUUUGAAAUAUCUGGGUAAUCUAAUUUUUCUUUGGUAGUUAUGUUUAUAACUACUAUUAUUAGAAUAUUUGAUAAUUUUAAAAGUAAAUGUAAUUAAUAUUUAUACAUAUAUAAACCAUACUUUGGAUAUUUGUUUUUUGGUUCGAGUUUGGUUUUGUUUUUCGGUUCCAAAAAUAUAAAACCGUUUAGAUAUUUGUGAACAUCAGCUUGGUUUUGAAUUCGUUUUUUCAGUUCAAUUUUCGAGUUUCAGUUUAUAUGCAUGAGUCUAAGUUGUAUGGUGACCAGUUUACCAUAAGAUAAAAUCUUCGGAUAUUCAAUUCUAGUUUCUUCAGAUUCGGUUCAGACAUAGUAACACAUCGUAAAUUCAGUUGAAACCGUUUUAAUUUUGGGUUUUUUCCUACAUUGGCUUUCGGUUAACCAAAUACUUGUUUGGAAUUCAAAAAUACACAUGUUAGUCCGCAAACUUGGAAAAUUUAAACAAUUUUCACUAACAAAAGUUUGGUGAAAUGAUGUAGAAAUGGUGUUUAAGAGACAAAAAAAAAUAAAAACAAAUUAAAAUUACUGACUAACAACUCCAUACACAUAAAAAUAUUAUUUAAACUUAGAACUGAAAUAACAUCUUCUCAACUUCAAAGGCAAACAUAUUCGUAAUUGAACUUCAUCUGCAAUUGUCAUAAAAGGUUUAAUAUUUGACCAAAUACUAAAAAUAUAUAUUAAGUUAAGUAUUUAAAUUAAUUAGUCAUGUUAUAGUACUACUGGUACUUGGUUUUGUUAUGAGUUUUUGCAAUUUUGAAUUUUUUGAAUUUUUGGAUAUCCAUAUUGUUUCAAAUUCGGCUCCGAUAAAAUCCACAAUCUGAAAUAUCGUAGAACAAAACUCAUUCGGUAUUUAAUCGGAUCGAAUUCAAUUCAAAUUUUUGUGUUCGGUUUAUUUUUCCCACCCUUAAGUUUGUUUGAUGAUAUUAAUCACGGGAAAAAAAAGAUUGAAUUUAAAGAAACAAAAGGUAGAAAACUUCUUCUAUGGAACUAUUGAACUGUGAAAGACAGGAGCAUAAAUGUGAAAGAUUUUACGGUCUUAUCUAUCAAAAUUGACAGCAGUAUCUUUUGAUUAUCUCACUUUACAAAUAUACUUUUACAAUAAAUUUUUCAUGAUUUUACUUACCUCCCAACCAUUAAUUAGUGUAUAUAUGUAAACAUCAGAAGAAACAAAAUAGGAAAAUAGUAAAAUCUUUAUUCGAGGAACUUAAUUACUCCACUAAUCAUGUAGUAGUAGUUGUUGUUGUGCCUAUAAAAUGCUUCCAAACACACAAUUUCUAUACAAAACUCAAUAUAUUUAUAUUUUUAUCUUUCGCCUUAAAAUGGAAAACACCGUUGAUGGUCACCGUCUCCAACUUCCAUAUCCGCAAAGCUUCGGCGUCGAAACUCAUCAAAGCUUAGAAAUGUAUGGGCUACACAAAGAGACGCCGUUAGUCUGCAUGCCCCUUUCAGGAGCUAAAACUCCGUUUUCUGAUCUCACGGUGACGGAGCCCUUUAACGGACCUGACACGUUUGAUAUCUCAUCUCUAUUCUCUCCUGACCCAAAACCCGUACCCGUAAGUCAGCGUCGGGUUAUGGAUGAUUCCAUCGCGGCAAUAGUUGGUGAAAACGUACUGUUCGGGAAUAACAACAUAAAAGUCUCCGAGCACUUCACGGCGACUGAGACCGGAGACGGCGUGAAGCGGUGGAGGAAGACGCCGCAGAAGAACGGAGGGUUCAGAGGUGUGAGAAAACGUCCGUGGGGGAGGUGGUCGGCGGAGAUAAGAGACAAGAUAGGGCGUUGCAGACACUGGUUAGGAACGUUCGACACGGCGGAAGAGGCGGCACGUGCGUAUGACGCGGCGGCGAUGAGGCUUAGAGGGACCAAAGCCAAGACCAAUUUCGUGGUUCAUCCGGUCUUUCCGGAGGAGAUAGCUGAGACUCAGUCGUCAACGACGGAGGGGGAUAGGAGGAGGAAGAAGAAGAAGAGGGUGAACGUGAGGAAGUGUGUUAGUACAUCGGUUGAACAAUUGUUCAGUGAUACCACUAGGAACUUAACUUCUUCUAGUUAUGAUGGAAACGUGAUUAAUCCCUUUAACAAUCUUGAGAAAAUGGGCUUAGAGGUUGAUUUGAAGUUGGGUUUAGGUUUAUUUAGAAACUGUUAAUCACUUAUUGCUUAAUAGUUACGUUCUUUAAUGUCUUCUUUUGUUGGGUUAUUUUGUGUGCAUGAAUAUGAAUGAACUAUUUUCUUUUGAUUGUUUGUGAAA